CUGUCGCCUCUGCGGGAAUAAAUAACAGCGAGCAAUAUGUACCUAUAUGCUUGUGUUGAAUGCAUGUUCAGAACUCUUUGCUUGGACUCAGUAUGGCGUGCUAUGGUAACUAUGAUGAUGAUGAUGAUGAUGGUGAUAAUAUUUCCUUCGAAGGAUGUAUUGCUAAUUGUAUUACUUUGCGGUCUUUUCUGGAUACCGUGGUGAUGGAGGCGUGGAUUGCUUCGGAAGUUGAUCUCAUCUGUUUUGGGAAACGAGAAGCUUUAAGAGAUCAGUUUUUCCAUUUCUUUGGAUCUGUGCAAGAAGAUGCCUUGGUUGCAAUUAAUGAUCAUAACAGAUGCCCCCUUUUUAUUCAUCUGAAACAGGAAAAAAAACAAUCCAUUUAAGAAGCGUAAACAGCGUAGGUGUGUGACAGAAGAUUCAAUUGCUUCGCAGUGAUGACAGGCAGGUGAAGGUUCAGAACAUUAGGCAGUGUUCACUGGGAUGCUGAUGCGCACGUGAAUCUCGUGGCUAGCAGCUCAUGCAUCACUCCCUGUGGAAUCACAAACGAGGUUGGAAUUUGGGAAAGUUCAUGAACAAGAAGAAUCAUUCAAUCCACAGGCUAUUAUCACAUUAAACAUGUGGCAGUCUGUGCUGCAAAACUCAAGAGUAAGGUUGCGACUCAUUCAAGCCGCAAGGCUGCUCCUGCUGUCUCCUCCUCGAGAAUAAGAGAGAAAGAGUAUCCGUCGGUUGCGGAUUCGACGAUCGAUCUCUUCUCAAAUUAAGGCUUUAAUAAGUGGAUUCCGACUUAAUUGCAAUACCCGUUCUGUUGUUGUUCUGACACGUAAGAUUAGUCUUUAUUACCUUCUUUUAAUAAACCUUUCUGAUGGCUAUUUUCGCUACCCACCUAGUGAUUGGACAGAAAAAUGGGGCCCAUUCUCUUCGUCGAAUCACCACCAGACACGUAGUUGCCAACAAAGAAGCCAUCGGCAAAUCCGACUACGACUGCGUCAUCUGAGCCGUUCGAUGCGGAUUCAGACGGCGAUGCUGCGCCUAUAACUAGUACUCGAUCCCUCGUUCCUCGCCUCUCCCGGAGGUGGCUGCGGGAAAAAGAAGAAAGGAGAAUCUAAUGCCCUCAAAUCCUUCUUCUCUCUAAAUCCGGCUUUCUAGGGUUUCGUUUUUCGAUCGCUACAUGCUUUGCCACUUUAGAGGGAACCGUAACCCUACUUCAUCUUCCGCAAGAUAAUUGCGCCGAAGGAUGGAUCUGAAUCUCCACCUCGGUCUGCCUCGCUCCCCACCUCCACGCCGUCGUGAUCUCGGUUCUGAUCUCUCGCUCAGCUCGUUGCCUCCCCGGCCGUCUCCUUCCACCACUGUCGAGGACGGCCGUGCUCCAAUUCCCAUGUCGGGGGCCGUGGAACCAUCGGAGUCUCACCCUCCCCACGCUAAUUCGCAAGCCGAAUACGGCCCUGAGCUGCCGGUUGUUCUACCGUCCGAUAGAGUCUACACUCCCGAGUACGCCUCGUGCUUCGCUCCUAUUCAACCGGUUGUUGGAGACCCUGAAGGAACUGACGCCCCAUAUUCUCCUAUCCGUGUCGAACACCUGCCUGCUCUGCAGGAACCGGGUGAAGCUUACUUGCCACCUUUUGUUCGUGGAUCAGCAAACCAUCAAGAUCACGGCGCAGCAACCUUUAGCUUUUACCCCUCAAUUACCGUUCAAACAGGUGAAUCCCUGCGUCCGGCAGAUGGGCCCUCUUCGAGAACUGGGCCCUCUUGCUACCCUGAUUUAUGUUUCAGCAGGCUGAUGCAGUCGAGCAAUCGAUGGCCAAACAGGCGAUUUAGGUCUUCGCUUCCGCAUUCUGGUGAGAGGCUCAGUUUUGGUUCAUCAUUGUUGCCUAAUCCUGAGCAGAGGGUGCCUGACAUAGUGAGCUCCCAAAGACCUUCGGAAUGCAAUGAUAAACACAAACUGAUUGCUGAAAACAAAGCAAUGGAAGCUUCAGAAGACGAGAGGGAAGAUAAAAGUAAAAGUGCUGCUAACUUUGAGUGCAAUAUUUGCUUCGAUAUGGCUGCAGAACCUGUUGUUACUUCAUGUGGUCAUUUAUUUUGCUGGCCAUGUUUGUACCAGUGGCUGCAUAUUCAUUCCGAUCACAAAGAAUGCCCUGUAUGCAAAGGCGAGGUAACCGAACCAAAGAUCAUACCUAUUUAUGGUAGAGGGAGUUCACAAACUGGUGUUGAAAAGAAAAAUGGGGAAGAUGCAGAAUCGGCCAUUAAAAUCCCACCAAGGCCACAUGGAAAUAGAUUUGAGAGCUUUAGGCAGCAGGUUUGGUCUGUUUCGAGGAGACUGGAUGAGGGAAUUGCGGCAUCUUGGAGGCGCAUUCUGGAUCAGCAAAUACGUACUGGAAAUAGAUAUGGAGCAUUUGCAGAUCCAAGCCAGCAAGAUAUAUAUGACAGUGUUCAUGGUAGAGCUCUAAUUAGGCUGAGGAUGAGAAGAAUGUCGAGGGAGGUGAACCCUGAAAGUGGAUCUAUCACCGGGGAGCUUGGAUUGCCUGUAAACAAUAUGCCAACCCCUAUUGCAAGUAACACAGAUUCUAUUUUUCAAGAUGGAGCUAGGCACCAGUUUUCCAUGUAUGAUGUUGGCAGAGACAGAUCGGCUGCUAUAACUGCUAACUUUGGUAGGGUGGUUGGACAAUUUACAAGUAGUGGUAAUGGAUAUGGUGCAUCUACUUCAUCUGUUGAUCCUCCAAAUUCCAGCCCAUUUGUGAGUGGGCCUCGGGUUGAAUCAGCAUUGGCUGCCGAUCAAGCUUCUGCUUCUAGCACCAUGGCAGACAUACAGGGAGAUGUUGCUAGUUCUGAUGCCCUUGCAGAACCAUAUAAUGCCGGGUCAUCUUGGUUUAAUAUGAGGAGAGGUAGAAGCAGCACCUCUGGUUCCUUUGAUGCUGACGGAGGUGUUCUUGACUCGUCUAAGAGAAGAAGAUUGAACUAAUUCUCCUUGACUAGUAGUGAUUUGAGGCAUCUUCUGCUUAUUCACCUCUUGGUACGUGUUUAGAUAAUAAAUCAAGUGGAGUAAUAUAAUUAGUUGCUUCUAUGAUAUGUUCAUCUUCAUCGGAUUAUCUUCAUUACAUACAAAUCAUACCCAGCAUAACAUGUAUACUGGAAAGUUCUGACAGCUCCAUCUUUCAAUAUUAAUGGCUAGUUUUCUCCA